GUGAAAGACAGUUAUGGGCAACUUGUACGGUUUUGGUCGCAUCAAGGUGAGCUGUGAGGGCUACAACCACCCCAAUGAUGCCUACAUCCUGAAGGGCUCCUGUGGACUGGAGUACUCCCUGGAACUGACUGAAGACGUAUUAGAUGUAGCCUCAUCUGUACCUUUCCUGAUGAACUCACAUGAUGAUUGUUGUUACCGAUGGAGGAGGACACAGGGAAACAGAUGGGGCUCCCAAGGAGGAGUCAAGGGAUUUGGAGAUCUCGGGGGCUUUGCCUCCAGCUUCUUCAGCGGUUUCUCAGGAAACAAUCACCAGGAGCAGCAGCAGCAGCACAGUCAUCACAGCUCGCACCCGUCUCACAGUGGGGAUUUAGGAGGCCUGCUGGUGGUCGGCGUGCUUCUGCUCGUAGCCUAUUGCGUCUAUAAGCUGUUCCUCAGUGGAAACAUGGCCCAGUGGGGGCAGGACGGAGGACAGACUGGUUACCCUGGAGGCAAUCACCAUGGCUCCACCGCAGGACCUCCACCCCCAGGAUUCAAGCCCGACUUCACAGGACAUGCUGGGGCAAACCCAGGCUACGGUUUCCAUAGUGACUACACUCAUGGCCAACAGUUCCCAGGCUCCUCCCACUGUCCAAAAUCCUGCAGACAGUGAUUGGUCCAUAAGAAAGAGUUGUUUGGAGAUUUUACACCCUGAGGCCACACGUCCUGAUCUCCACGAACACAAAGUAGAUCAGACUCAUACAGAGAACACAUGGAAACAUUGUGUUGGUGCUAAGGCCUGUUUUAUUAUUUGUUGCAAGCUAUAGGGACCUGUGCUGUCCCCCUUCCUGUUCACCAUAUACACCUCGGCCACCUGCAAGUUCUCCACUGACUUUGUGAAGUGGGCCAGUGAGAACCACCUGAUUCUGAAUGUGACCAAGACCAAGGAAAUGGUGGUGGACUUCAGGAGGAACAGGACAGCUCCACAACCGCCGAGGGUGCUGGGGGAGGACACAGAGAUGGUGUGACGCUGAACAACACACUGGACUGGAAGGCUAACGCCAGCGCUGCGUACAGGGAGCAGGCUGCGAUCCUUUGUGAUGCGAUCCGUUGAUGUAUGCAGCGACAUGUUGGAGUUCUUUUACUGUCUGUUGUGGCCAGUGCUCUGUUCUUUGCUGUGGUGUGCUGGGGGAGCAGUAUUGGAGCCGGUGAAACAAACAAACUCAACAAACUGAUCCAUCAUUGGCUGCAAACAGGUCACCGUGGAUACUGAACAAAGUGGAUAACCCUGAACAUCCUCCAGGCUCAGGAGAGCACAUUCUCCGCUGUCACAGGACAGAUUCAGGACGUCAUUCCUGCCAUCAGCCGUCAGGACUUACAAGAACUCUCUGUAAUAACUGCACAAUGUCUCUUCAUGAGAUCAAUAUUAAUCAGACUACAUUAGUCUCUCCUUUAUGCCAUUCUUUUAUUAUUGCACUAUUUUCUUGUACAUCUGUACAUUUUAUGAUUAAUUUUUUUUUGGAUUUUAUUUUGUGGCUGUGUUAAAACAAUGUCCCCUUGGGGAUGAAUAAAGUAUUUCUAUUCUA